AUGCCGGCAUGGGAAAAAUGGUCUUCUUCUAUUUGCAUGGGUGUUGAAGAAGAUGAAAUUCAAUUCCCUCGCCUCCGUGAGCUUAGUAUGCAUGGUUGUCCCAAUUUGCUUGAGGAAGUAUUGGUGCAAUCUUUGGUGGCACUUAAAAGUCUCGUGUUCAGAGAAUGCAACCAACUGGUGGCUUUGUGGGAAAAUGAGAAGUUGGCAAAUGAGCUGAAUAAGCUAACGUCUUUGGAGAUAGACAAUUGCAAUGCGUUGAAGUCCCUCCCUGAAGGCAUCUCUGGUGUUGAACACUUGGACAUCGAGUACUGGGUUUCAGAGACGACUAUGCUACAGCAGCAGCAACAGGAGGAGGACUUCAACAUAAAUAUUAUUAUGUCAUCUCUUGAAACAUUACGCAUCUGGAAUUGGGCAAAGGUUGGAAUAUCACUCGAAGUCUGGAAUUGUGAUGGUGUGGAGUCCUUAUCGUUCCCAGAAAAAGGCUUACCCAACCUCAGAUCACUUCAUGUCUGGAAUUGCAAUGGUGUGGAGUCCUUGUCGCUCCCAGAAAGAGGGUUACCCAACCUCAGAUCACUUGAAGUCUGGAGUUGCGUGAAUCUGAGAUCCUUGCCUACUACCAACCAGAUUCUUCAAAACCUUGAAUCCCUUGUAAUAUGGGAAUGUCCAAGUCUCGAGGCCUUUCCGGAAAGAGGCUGCUGCUUGUCCACCCCCAACUUGAGAAGGCUUUCGAUCAGCGGCUGCAAUAAUCUGAGGUGGUUGCCAAUUGAUCAGAUUCAAAGCCUCGCAUCACUUGAAUUCAUAAAAAUAUAUAAUUGUCCAUGUCUUGAGUCCUUUACUCAAGGUGGAUAUCCAGACCUGGUCUCUUUUCCUCUUGAUGACGGUCUAUUUCCUACAACUCUAACCAAUUUACGCAUCAGAGAUCUGCCGAGUCUUAAAUUCAUAUCAUUGAAGGGCCUCCAAAAUCUCACCUCUCUUCAACAUCUAAGGAUCCAAGACUGCCCGAAUCUGAAAUCCAUAUCAUCAUCAUCAUCCAAGGGUCUCACCUCUCUUCAAGAGCUGCAGUACAAGAAAUCGAGAAAAUCAUGCAAAGCAAAAUAUGCCUCAUACAACUGGAACAAUGAGCAAUGCACGAAAUGCAAUUCAAAACUUACAGCAACAAUGGCCAUACUUCUGCAUGAAAUGCAAAAUUCUGGUAAACAGGCAUGUCUAAAAGAAACUUGA